ACCGAACAAGCUCCGCAUUGGCCUGCCCAUCAGUUGGCGGUGCGGCAAUAGCGACACCUACUGCCACUAUAGACACAACUAGGAAGGAACAUAUUCUACAUUAGCUACGUAAAAUAAAUAAAUAAAUACAACAUUUUUGGGGGGGGGUAAAAAACAACAACUAAAUACUCAAUUAGUCUUUACUAGCGGAGUUUAUUUUGCCAUUAGUGUUCCGCAUACAAAAAGUGUACACCUGCAAUCGCGUUCAGUUCAGAUUCAGGCUUCGCGUGCACUGAAAUUGGCACCACGUUGUUCUUGUCUCGAGCUACUUGCCCAGAAGACGAAGGUGUCUGCGACGGCUUCUAUAGGCCUACAGUUAAAUUCUGCGGAAAGGAGAGGAGCACAACAUGUUUAGAACGUACAGUAAUACUGUUAGUAAGUAGCCAUUGGUAUGCAUGAAAAUUAUUUGAGUAAAUUAUCUUAACUAAACCUCUGGCUGGCUAGUAAAGCUAUAGCCUACAUGGUGCUUGUUUUAGGACAGCCCUACCGUUUUGGUCUUUUCGGACAUUGUAUGCUUUCCAGCGUAUUUUCUUGCUGCAAAAGGUCCCUCAAACUGAUGUGAUGAUGGGGACAGUCUUCGACAGAAGUUUCCAAAGAACCCCUUCCCUAAGACGCAAAUGGAGGAAACGGUAUGGAGGUUUGGACGGCAACAAAUUACUGGAGCCAAAUAAGGAGGAGGACAUGAGAGAAAAUGACGUGAUGACAGAGGCCCAUGAAGAGAGGAAUCCUUUGCCAGUGAAAGGGGCUGAGAGCCAGGAUACGGCUUCAUCAGGGAAUGUUCCAUGUCCCAUGCCAAGAAAUUCCUUUCAGUGCCAGUCUCAGAGACCUGUCAACUUAGUGAGCCCUGGAUCAACAGGCCUGCCAUCAUUAGUUAGUAAUGGAGCUCUGAGGCCCCCUCUGCCCCAGGCAGAGCAGGAGAGGCCUGUCACCACAUCUCCCCAGCCCUGGCUCAGUGUGGGCAGGACAGAGACCACGCAGGGACACUCAAAGAGGAGGGCGGCUGCUGAUGUUCUCUUUGACAGCUUUGCCUCUGAUGAGAGAGUCGGCAUGAACCAGUUUUUUGAGACAGUGUGGAGCUCAGGCCUACACAGAUCCGACCCCAGAAUCAAGGACUGCUACUUCCAUAUGAGGAAACUGCAGGAUGAGGAUGGAACAGUAGACAGGAACACCUUUCAGAGGUGUGUUACAGGCUUUGUGUCCCUCAUUCUGAAAGCUCUACAGGGAAGGUUUGUCAUCCCCGACUUUGCCACCUUCACCGACGAAACUCAAAAGUUGUUCAUGAAAUGUAAACAGCUGUCUUCAGUCAAGCAGGAGAAGGAUAGUAGAGACAGUGCAAAAUGGGGAGUCUCAGUCUGUACGGUUGAUGGUCAGAGGCUGUCUUUAGGCGACUGGGCCGAAUCCUGUGUUCUGGGGGAAGUAUCCUGGCCUCUGGUUUAUGGCAUUGCAAUAGACCAGCUCGGAGUGGACAACGUGCACAGAUAUGUGGGCAUGGAAGAGUUCUCAAAAUAUGACUCUCCUUUCACCCUCACCAAACAAGGAGUUCCUCACAGUCCGCUCAUUGAGACAGGCGCCAUUAUUACCACAUCUUUGUUACAGUUGGCUGCCAGUCUUGGUGCAGAGGAGGAGGAAAAGUAUGAAUCUGUCUUGAAUGCUGUCAAAAGACUUUGCAAUAAGGAACAUGCAAACUUAAACUGCACAAGUUACCAGAGCUUGAGAAAGGACAGCAUCAGACUUCAUGCCUUAUCUUUUUACCUUCAAGAAAAGAAAUGCUUUCCGGAGACCGUUGACAUAAAUGCCACGUUGGAUUUAAUGCUGCAGUGUGCCUCCACAGAGGUCACGUGCGAAUCAGGGGCAGCCAUGGCAGCCUCGUUAGCCAAUGGGGGGCUCUGCCCUCUGUCAGGUGACCAGGUGCUGUCGCCCUCGGCUACAAAGAGUAUGCUCUCCAUGAUGCAAGUGGCGGGAAUGAACGACUACUCCAGAAUAUUCAAUUUUAAGACGUCUGCACCAGCCAAGUCCAGUAAAUCAGGAGUUAUGCUGGCAGUUGUCCCAGGAGUUCUAGGCCUGCUGUGCUGGUCACCUGACCUAGAUUCCUUUGGAAACUGCUGGAAGGCUGUACACUUCUGUGAGGAACUCAUAUCAACAUUCCAGCUACACAGUUUUGACAUUCGAACACCAUUCAGACAGGUGCUUACAUACAGGCAAUGGAAAGCAGAGUCUGAGGGUUAUCAGAUCAUGAACAUCUUACUGGCUGCCUUCAAAGGUGACAUACAAUCCUUGCGAAGGUACUUCCUGUCUGGGGCUGACGUGAAUGCCGUGGACUACGACGGGAGGUCCGCUCUGCAUGUGGCUGCCUCCGAGGGUCACUCUGAGGUCAUCCGGUUCCUGGUGGAGAACACAGGCACCAACUACUCCCUCAAGGACAGAUGGGGUAACACACCCAUGCAGGAGGCUAUGAGACACAGCCAUGGACCUGCAGCCCAACUACUCAAGAAAUAUGAAGAGCAGCCAGUGACUCCGUGAGCAGUAAAGGCACAUACAGGAUCAACGGUUGGCGCUAAACAGAAGUUUGUCUCUCAAUUAUUUUCCAAUACAUGUGGAAAUGUGUUGUAAUUCCUAUACGUUAAUAAACUUUCUAUGA